AUGUGGAAGAUUUCCUCGGAGUGGAAGUUGAUCCCAAUGUGUAAGGGCUUUUAUAUCUUGAAGUUUGAUACAAUGGAGGACAAAAACAUUGUUAAGGCUCGAAAGUUAUGGGAUUUGUCGAAGGGAUCCCUUCGUAUGAGGGAGUGGGUGAAAGGGUUUAAUCCCUAUAAGGAAGUUUCUUCGUUGAGCCAAGUUUGGGUAAGAAUAUAUAAUCUUCCUGUGGAGUUCUGGCAUCCUGAAGUUAUCACAGCUAUUGGCAACGUCGUUGGCACUUCUAUUAAAAUUGAUGGGGCGUCUGCUUAUGCCGAUGUUGGGCAUUAUGUUCGGCUGCUUGUCGAAGUUGAUUUCUCUCUUCCGCUGCAAGAGUCGAUGCAAGUUCAAGGAGAUGAUAUGGCUUAUCACGUUGAAUUCUAUUAUGAGAAGUUACCUCUUUACUGUACACAUUGCAGGAUCACUGGGCAUAGUGUUGAUAAAUGCAAAAAGAAACAACCUCGCGUGGAGAACUCGGAUCAGGUUAAGGUGAUUUCGGAAAAGGAACAGGUGAUGACAAAGGGAGAUAACCAAACUGAUCCAGGGGCCGGUUUUGCAAAGGACAAAAAGUUUUCCCUUUGGAAGCCUAAAGAGAGUGAUUAUACGGCUGCUAGUAAUGCUUUUGCUUCUCUGGCUGAUAAUGAGAAGUUUGCGAUGAAUGGGGAUAUUCCAGGUCUGGAUUUCGCGAAUUCUCCGCCGGCGCAUAAAAGCGGUUCUAUUUCUCCGAGGUCGGGAGGAUGCUCAGGAAGGCAGAAUCAUGUUGAUUCGGCCUAUUUUAAUUCUCAGAAUUCGUCGAGGCAGUCAGUUUCUCUUGGAAGCAGGCCCCUCUCACCGCGGGCGAGAGUUGCGCAAAAUUCUUUGGGUAGAAAGAAUGAGAACAGCAACAGACCUUCUCAAGUUCGAGAAGAUUCUGGUGUUGUUGUUGAGGCUGGGCUGGGUUUGAUGCUAGAAAAUCCUCGGGAGAUUUCUCCCAAGAGCGACUCUGCUGUUGCUGCUUUACAGGAAGUUCCGGUGGAUUCGAUUGUGGCCAACAUUAAUUUGCGGAGAAGCUCUACGGGGACGAGAACCGGCAUGGGUGCUCAUGUGCGUGAUCUCCCCUCGGGCAAAGGAAAUCAGUUUGAUGUGUUGGCCGGUCUUGAUUUAGAGGGUGGUGAGGGUUUACAGAAGGAAACUUUGGUGAUUGAGAAAGAAGUGGCAGAGCAACAGUCGGGAGUUGGGGCAGAAAGUUUAGAGUAG